CCAGCUAGCUUGUGGGGGAAAGAUUCUGCUCUACGGCAGAGUAAACUGAGUCAGAUUUUAUCAUGUGGGCAACCUGUUGCAACUGGUUCUGCCUGGAUGGACACCCUGAGGAGGCCCCACCACCCCAGGGAGCCAGAGCACAGGCCUAUUCCAACCCUGGGUACAGCUCCUUUCCUUCCCCAACAGGCGCGGAACCAAGCUGCAAGGCCUGUGGAGCCCACUUCGCAAACAUGGCCAGGAAGCAGACCUGCCUGGACUGUAAGAAGAAUUUCUGCAUGACCUGUUCGAGCCAAGUGGGAAAUGGGCCCCGCCUCUGCCUUCUCUGCCAACGAUUCCGAGCAACAGCCUUUCAGCGGGAGGAGCUCAUGAAGAUGAAAGUGAAGGACCUGCGGGACUAUCUCAACCUCCAUGACAUCUCUACUGAAAUGUGCCGGGAAAAAGAGGAGCUGGUGUUCUUGGUGCUUGGCCAGCAGCCUGUAAUCUCCCAGGAGGGCAGGACUCGUGCCCCCACCUUUUCCCCGGACCUCCCUGAGCAGCAGGCCUUCCUGACCCAGCCUCAUGCCAGCACAAUACCUCCUACCUCACCCAACCUCCCUUCUUCACCCACACAAGCCACUUCUGUUCCCCCGGCCCAGGCUCAGGAAAAUCAGCAGGCCAAUGGCCACGUGUCUCAGGACCAAGAACCCAUCUACCCAGAGAGCACAGCCAGAGCACCUGCUGAGGAUGAGACCCAGUCUGUUGACUCAGAGGACAGCUUCGUCCCAGGCAGGAGGGCUUCUCUGUCUGACUUGACCGAUCUGGAAGACAUUGAAGGUCUGAAUGUGCGGCAGCUGAAAGAGAUCCUGGCUCGUAACUUCGUCAACUACAAGGGCUGCUGUGAGAAGUGGGAACUGAUGGAGAGGGUGACACGGCUGUACAAGGAUCAGAAAGGCCUCCAGCACCUGGUGUGUGGUGCCGAAGACCAAAAUGGGGGAGCAAUGCCACCCAGCAUGGAGGAGAACCUGUGUAGGAUCUGCAUGGACUCACCCAUUGACUGUGUUCUGCUGGAGUGUGGCCAUAUGGUAACCUGUACCAAGUGUGGCAAGCGCAUGAAUGAGUGUCCCAUCUGCCGGCAGUAUGUGAUCCGAGCCGUGCAUGUCUUCCGAUCCUGAGGGCUUGGUACCGGCUUCUUCAGUGCCUUACAGGAACACAGUGCGAGAUGUCUGGGCUCAGGGUUGGCCAGCUUGCAGGGGGGCAGGCUGACAAGAAAAUCUGCAGUGUUCCCAAGACCAGGGCAAGCAAAGAUGCUACGUCACCUUUGGGGCAUGACUGUCUUGCCACGGAGGUGCACCUCUUGGCUGGCAGAGCCCGAGGCAGUGAGAACUGGUAUAGAUCGCUUGGGCAAGUCCCUGUUUCAAUGAUCUUGGGUGAUGAUGUAACUGAUGAAGAAAGAGGACUUUGCAGAACUUGGACUGUAUCUUCCUCCCUUCCUCCUGUACCCCUGAGCUGCUUGCCUGUGUUUCACCAAUCAGAAGUCCUGGUAGAAAUGGUUCUCUUCCUCCCCAGUACAUUUGGGUUUAUUCCUGGUUUCACUGGCUUUCUGUGCUUUAACCUACCUUUGCUAAAGUUUCUUGCUACAUUACCUAAAACUCAUUUGUUUCCUCAGACCAAAAAGAUGUUAGCUUACCAGACCAAUAAUGAUUCUCCUUAGGACAGAAUGUGGACCAGUAAACUUACCUCUGGUGAGAAAUGAAACACAAAUGCUAUUGAAAAACUUCAAAGUCAUUAAGAGUUGCUUCCUUCAGUGCUGGGAUUAGAAGCUAUCAGUCUUCCAACCUGACCUUGGAAGCCAACAAUUCUUCUGGUUCCAAAACUGCUGGGAAGUUCUAGUGUCUGUGAGAGAUGGUGCAUGGAUUUUCUCUUCUCUUGGGGCCUGACUUAGCACCACCCUUAAUUUUAGUUUGAGAAAAGGCUAAGUGUUGGGUGGAAGCAAUGGCUUUUUGCUUAGCUUUGAUUCCUUCAACAGACAGGAGUUUUACUCUGAGAAUGAAGUCCCUCUCUUUCCCGUGAAGUUUAAACAUGGUCUCACUCAAGGCAUAGAGACUUUAGGCAAAGAGCCUGGCUCUUCUCUAGGCAGACUUACAAGUUCCUGGAGGCCAAACCUGUAAGACACAGAGCCCCUAUGAGAUAUCAGAGGUACUGAAUGAGGCUGGUUUCAGCCCUUGAGCACAUAGCUGGAAGUCUCAGUUCCCCAGGUUGGUGGGGACUCCCUACUCCUAUUCCCUUUCUCAGACUACUGAUUUGGGGGUAGGUGAGGAAGAAGCAUUCUCUGGGCUCUUUAGGAAGGACUGCAAUGAGUAGGUCAUGUGCUUGAGCCCUCUUAGGGUCUUUACACCACUGGAGGAACCAAAGGGCUAAAGAAAAAGUUUGCUGGAGCAGCUUGACGAAGCACAAACAUACAUGUUAUCAGAGGAGCUGUGUGCGCUGCCAUUACCAAUGGAUGAUCUAUGCAAACCCUAAGCACCUGAGGGCCUUGGCAGACACUCCCAUUCCCCCAAUGCAGCCAAGACAAGAACCAGUCAUGACUCUGGAAAGCAGUGGGAAACCUCUAAGAGGACCUGUUUAUUGAUACAGACAUACUUAGGUUUUUCCUUAUCAUCAACCACUAAUCCCCCUUUGGGGAAACCAAAUUUCAUCAAGUAGUUGUCAGCUAAACACGGCCACUUACCUCAACAUUAUACCAAGUCCUGGAUGAUUUGAUUCUGGGCCACAGCCUUUGUAGGAACUGGGCGAAUCGAGAUUUCCCUGUGAAGACAUCUUUCUGCUGGACAGUGAGUACUGUAGUUUACAAUGCCUGCCAGUUUAGCAAAGGAUUCAGCUACUCAAUUCCACUGUGAGGCAGGUCUGUGUAUAUGCAACUCAGUUAGGACCUAGCAAUAACUUCAGGGUAGAAGCUGGCUCUCCUCCUACUUAAAACUUGCUUUCUCUGCUGAGGCCUUACCUCUCCCUGCCUCCCAAUCUCCCUCCUAGACAUGAGUUAAAAAUAAUAUCCUAAUGGUUGGUUAGUAACCUCAGUAAGAAUUAGAACUGAUGUCAUUUACUCAUUUUGGAGAAAACUUGCCUUUAAGUCUUCUAACCUCUUGGUGACGGUUUUCAUUUAAGAAAAACGGUGUCAAGCAACCCUGAUUUUUAAAAAAUUUUUUUUUCUCUGCAUCUCUGUUAUACCAAAUAAAAGUUGGGCAUUCCAAGAUCCCAUUUCAAUGACUAUCUAACCUAGGUAGAAAACUUGAUUUUUAUCCUUUAAUGCUCCUUCCUGCCUCUCCUGGAUCUUUGGUCUUAAUUAUCAUGGAAAAUCAGAUUCUUCCAAUUAUUCCUUGGCUUUUCCUGUGAUUGUUCAGAAACUUCAGCUGAUUUUUUAAAAAAGAGGGCUGACUGGUUCAUGUCUGAAUACUUGGAUCCAAACUAGUAAGAAUAAGCUGUACAGGAAUUAGUGUUCAAUAUAUAUUGUAUAAAUUUGUUGAAAUUUUUUGGAUGUGAAUGUGUUACUUCAAGUGGCUUAUAUUAAGAUUCUCUCAGACUUGGGUGUUAAUACAAACCCGAAUGUGUAUUUUUUUGUUACAGAGCUCUGCUUUAUAAUUUUGUAAUAAAGUUUCCUUAUAGAUGCCUGUCCAAUCUGGUACGAGGCUGCCAGAGUCUGAU